UGUGGGCGGGUCAUCGUGAUGUUUUGUGAUGGGAUGGAAAAUGGCGGCUGUUCGGAAACCGCAUUAACUUUACCAUACUAGUAACAAGAGCUGCAACAAUUUACGCCCUUUUCGUGCAUGAAAAAUAUCGGAAUAUUGCUAUUUUACACGACUUCAGGUCAUAUUGAGUUUUUUAAUCGAUAUAGACAGGACGACUCCCAAAACGCUAACAUUUGCUGGACACGACUUGGUAUCGUGAAGGCAAGGAACAAAGCUCGAGUAUUUAGACAGUCUUAAUUUUAUGAUAAUGAUAUUUUUAUGGAAAUUUCCACUGCCGUUCAGUGUGUUACGUUAAUGUAAGCUUCGCAUAUCCAGUCGACGUUGUUUCAUCAAAUGUGUUAAGUUAGUGUAGAAAAACGUUAGUUUGAAAACGUUGACGUGAUUUGAGUUUUAGAGCUCUACAAACACAGCAACGUAUUGGUAUCUCAGUUAGCUAACGUUGGUCAGGAGUCUCUAUUACUUUGUUUUUUUGUAACAUAGCUAAGUUAACGCUCGCUGACCAGUAAAGCUACCGAGCGUUGUGAACACACGCCUUCCAGCUGUUUGUUUACUAUCUAAUGGAGCCAAGUGGCGCGGCGGUUCAGUUUAAGGUCGUUUUCUGAUGGGUUCACGUUACCUUCGUACUCCGUUACCUUAGUUGAAUACCGUUAUCUGCAUUUGGCUGGACAGAGCUCCAGUCAUAAUGGAUGACUCCAAGCCAAGGUACAGCAAAAGGCUGCGGGCCGGUACCCGGCGACGUUACCAUGACGAUGGCAUCUCAGAUGAGGAGAUUGAUGGAAGGAGGAUGUUUGACCUGGAGGAGAAAGUCCACAGUCAGAGGUUCAGCUCUGACCAGGUCCUGCGCAUGGAGGGAAAAGACUUCACGUAUGAGUUUGUCCAGAGAGGCGGCCUGAGAGACCCAAUCGUUUUUGAGAAGCCUGAAGGACUGGGAAUCAAGAUGCCCGAUCCUGAUUUCAGUGUCAAUGACGUCAAGAUGUUUGUUGGAAGCAGACGUAUGAUAGAUGUGAUGGAUGUGAGCACUCAGAAGGGGACAGAGAUGUCCAUGGCCCAGUGGACACGUUACUAUGAGACUCCUCCGUCUCAGAGAGAGAAGCUGUAUAAUGUCAUCAGCCUGGAGUUCAGCCACACCAAGCUGGAGAACCUGGUCAAGAGACCUGCCACAGUAGAUCUAAUAGACUGGGUGGACAACAUGUGGCCUCGUCACCUGAAAGAGAGACAGAGAGACUCAACCAACUCUAUCAAUGACAUGCAGUACCCCAAAGUACAGAAGUACUGUCUGAUGAGCGUUGAGGGCUGCUACACAGACUUUCACAUUGACUUUGGAGGCACCUCGGUGUGGUACCACAUACUCAGAGGGAGUAAGGUGUUCUGGCUGAUCCCUCCCACCCCUCAGAACCUGGAGCUGUAUGAGAACUGGGUGCUGUCGGGGAAACAGGGAGAUGUUUUCCUGGGAGAUCGAGUGUCUGACUGCCAGAGGAUUGAACUGAAGCAGGGCUGCACCUUCAUCAUACCCUCAGGUUGGAUCCAUGCCGUCUACACCCCUGUGGACUCUAUGGUGUUUGGAGGGAACUUCCUGCACAGCUUCAACAUCCCUACACAACUUAACAUCUGUAAUAUAGAAGACAGAACACGGGUUCCACUGAAGUUUCGUUACCCCUUCUACUACGAGAUGUGCUGGUAUGUGUUGGAGCGCUACGUCUUCAGCAUGACGAAGACCUCCUACCUCACACCAGAGUUUCAGAAACACACGCUGGGCAUUGGUCUGAAGAAGCCAUCCAACUCAGAUCCAGCCAGUGAGCAGGUGAAGGAGGAGGAAGGUGGUGGCAGUGAUGAAGAGGCUUCAGAGCAGCAGUCUGACAAGCCUGCAGUUAAAGUUCAUUUGACUCCUCUCGAGCUGGAAGGAAUAUGGAACCUGCUGGGUAAACUGGAGGCUCUACCUUCCAACAAGAAGUGUGUCCCAGCAGGCAUACACAACGCCCCGGCACUCAUUACACACAUCAAGGCUCUACUGAAGGAACACGCCAAUGACAAUCCCAAACUGUCCUACACAGGAAAGCCCAUCGUCAAGUGGCCAAAGAGGCCCUCGUGGUACCAGCCUCCUCCUCCUCCACCACCUCCUCCUCGCCCUAAAUUGACCUCCACUCCCAUCGUUCCACGACCACAGAAACCAGCCUCUUCCAUGUCUGUCCUGAGACGGCGCAGGGUCAGGUGUAAGCGCUGUGAAGCUUGCAUGAGACCAGAGUGUGGAGACUGUAACUUCUGCAGAGACAUGAAGAAGUUUGGCGGACCAGGGAAGCUCAAGCAGACGUGUGUGCUACGACAAUGUCUCUCUCCGGGCCUUCCUCUGUCUGCAGUAUGUGAGAUCUGCAAGGAGCCCAAUCAGGAGGAAACUGGAGACCCCUCCCUCACUCUGAUGGAGUGUUCCAACUGUGCACAGAUAGUCCAUCCUGCCUGCCUCACGGUUCAGGGUGAAGGAGUGGUGAAUAAAGACCUUCCCAGUUGCUGGGAGUGUCCAAAGUGUGUCCAAGGGAUCACUGACCAAGAGUCUAAAGGAGAAAAAGGUGAAGGCCUCCCAGUGAAACGGAAAUCUUCCACCCUGCUGGAUGCUCGUAUGGCUAAGAUUUACCGUCGACACAGACACAGCCGCGAUGGAGACGACUCUGCCAGUGAUGACGAUGAUGAAGCCUCUCAGAGAAGAAAGAUGGCGCUCCAUGCCCGAGGGGGGGGCCACUCUUCCAGGAGGGGCUUUGGUGCCAACAGGAGAGGCCUGCUGAGAGGAGGCUCCUCCCACAGAGGGAGCAGAGGAGGAAUCAUGACUCCUGGCUCCUCCUCUGUCCUCAGGCUCAAGCGAGGGAUUGGCAUGAGGGAGGGUGGACGGAGGGGACGAGGGGUGAGGCUGAGGGGAGGCUCCAGGAUGCAGCGAAGAGGAGACGAGUCAGAGGAGUCGGACGAUGACGACGACGAUGACGAAGAAGAGGAGGAGGAAGAGGAGGACAGUGAAGACGGAGACAAAGAGCGACUGCAACGUCGACGGAGGAGGAGGCGCAGGACAGAUGAUGAUGAAGAUGAGGAUGAGGACAGUGAGGGGCAGGAGUUCGACCCUGAAGAGGAGGAGAUGGACACGCUGGAAGAUGAGGAGGAGGAGGAAGAGGACGUGGAGGAGGAUGGCCGCUGGGAUUCAGACCCAGAACCUCCAGUCCUCUUGGUGUCUGAUUUGAAUGAUGACCUGCUGAGUGGCUCCUACCUAACUGUCACUCUGCAGCGCCCCCACAAGGCCAAGAGACACUCUGGCUCCAUAGUUCCAAAGCUUGAAGCAGCGAUGGGUCUGAGGACGGCUGCAGUCGGUGCUGGGGGUCAGCAGGGCUUCAUCCAGAGGAAGACUGCUCUGUCCAAACCUUCACGACUUAAGGGCGCUGACACCACAGGAGACAGCGUAACCCCAAGAGGACCUGGCAGGCCACGUCUACGGGGUAACCAUGGCGACAGGGGCAAUAGAGAUCACUCUGCGACUUCUUCAGAGGAAGAGGACACUGCUGCUCCUCCUGCGCCCUCCUCCCUGUCUCCUCCUUCCCUGCUGUCUCUGCCGUCCUUCAAGGACGUGGGCAACGAGAGAGGAGGGGAGAAGGAGGUGUGGGUGUCUGUGUUCAGGUACCUGCACAGAGCCGAGCUGCUGGCCUGUAUGACCGUCUGUAAGGCGUGGUACAAGUGGAGCUGUGACAAGCGUCUGUGGAGUCACAUAGACGUGAGUCGGUGCAGCCCGCUCAGUAACCAGGCCCUGGCUGGGAUCAUUAAACGCCAGCCCACAUCUCUGGACCUGUCCUGGACUCCUUUGGCCAAGAGACAGCUCAACUGUCUGCUCACCAGGCUCCCAGGUCUGAGGGAGUUGAGAGUGACUGGUCUGUCCUGGUCCUGUCUGUCAGCGCUGGUCUCUCCUACGCUGCCCUACCUGCGGCUGCUGGACCUGCGCUGGUGUGAAGGCCUGAAAGACGCACAGAUUAAAGAGCUCAUCACCCCGCCUGGUUCAGAGUCGUCUCGCAGCAGACUGAGGAACAUGGUGACGCUGUGUCUGUCCGGUCUGGACAUCAGUGAGUCCACUCUGAGGCUGCUGCAGCGCCACAUGCCCCAGCUGGAGAGGCUGGAUCUCGCUCACUGCAAGGAGAUGUCAGACUCGUCCAUCGCUUUACUGGCAGCAGCUGGGACUCACAGCCGCAACAGUCUCACUGAACUCACACUGGCAGGUUGCAGUGAGCUGACGGACGGCUGUCUCUCGUACCUGAAGCGUCUUUCCUCUCUGACGCUGCUGGACCUCAGAGGCUGUAAGGGCAUCAGCAGACGCGCCUGCGACGCCUUCAUCUCUGACCUGUCUCACGUCGCACUCUUCUGUAUGAUGGAGGAGAAGCUCAUCCAGCGCCUGGAUUAACACACACUGUUAAACGAUCAGCUGUGAGAGAGGGGAGCUAAAAACUGUACAUGCUCAACCUAUUGUGUGUUGUUCUUCAAAACAUGAGGAACUCUAAACCAGAAACAUUAAACGUGACCAAACUGGCAGCUCCUAAAACCACAAGUUCUCCUGAUACUACAUUUAAAUAAAGACCUCUUUCACAUUGUAGGGAGGUUUAUGUUUUUUCACUAUGCAUGACACUAGGCCAACAGUUCUCUCUCUUCCUGUCUUUGUGGCUAAACACAAACAAGCUUUUUAUUCUAAAAUUUCAGACUACUCCUUUAUAAAGUCCCAAAUUACAGACUGAAUUGACUCCAAAGAUUGUUGUAAGUUCUUGGAGGUUCACGUUCUCUUCAUAUCCUCUGUCAUUGCCAGAAUGACCAUGCACAAAGUAUACCCAGAAGAAGUCUGGCUAAAUAUGAAACUACCUUUACUGUGUACAGACUGACGCAGGAUGACAUCUCUUCAUUAUUUGGGAGAAAAAAAAGGGGAAAAUAGACAUUUUGGUUCACUACACUUGAACAAAUAUAUUCUGUGUGUGUGUACAGUGAAUCCCUUGUGUGUAUAUAUGUUUAUUUUUUUAUGUUUCAUCCAUGUUAGGAUCUGUCAGACAACUGACAUUGUACAUUUUUUUCUAACAGUGUUAAAAACUUAAUAAAAAAGUGAAUGGUUGAA